GAAACUACGUUAAGUUACUGAGAGACGAUUCAAAGAUGAUCGAUCAGAAUCCAGCUACGGGCAGCAUGGAAACAACAGCCACACAGGACACAACUCAGACACAGGAGCCAUUUGGCACUGAUGCUUAUCGACCACAGGUUGAAUCCUUUUUUCAAAGGAUGACACCAGAAAGAUGGCGGAUGCUGAGUUUUGGUACUCCUGAUGAGGCCACAAAGAUUAUGCUGGCAGACCUGCUUUUACACAUAAGUACAUCUGUGAGUAAACAGUUGCUGGCCCAUCUUAAGAGACGUGCAGGUGUGACUUUGGACAGUCACACACUAGAUGCGUACAAUGUUACCGACGGACUUACUCAGACUUUCGCUGAGACUCUGGGUGUUUCAGAUCCAGUCCAGUCUGCCAGCUCGAAAGCGUUGUCAGACUUGGUGGACAAAGAGAUCUCAGAGUCCGUCAACUCUGCUCUCUCCUCUAGUGUGGACAGCAGGGAGCACAUCACUCCCCCCAGCAGACUUAACACUAUGGUUGAACAUGCCAGCAGAAUAUUAAAGGCAUUCGCAGCCAAGAUUAAGUUUUCUUCCAGUCCUGUGUUAGGUGGACGGAAGAAGGAUGAAAAACUUAAAUCUGCGUCAGUCAGUCAGUCAUCACUUGAAACAGUGGAAUCAGACGGCCAAGAGAACAUCUCAUCAGAGGACAGCUUUGUGAGAGCAACAUCUAAAGCUGCCAUGAGAAUAAUUAGGAAAGAGCUGGAUGACAUUGCAGAACCUGUUUUGGAUGACGUGUCGGCAUGUGAGACGCUGCAAUCCGGAAGCUCUCAGCAUAUUAUGGCUGUUGCAGAUGACAUCGCUGAGCUGAUUGUUGAAAAGACUGCAAGUUUGGAAGAGACAGGCUUUGCAAGUUCCAGUCCAAAACCCAAACAGCAGCAAAAACUGAAAAUAGUGUGCAGCAAGAUAAAAACCUUUCUUGCUAAGAGUCUUGCCAGGGCCGGCAUUUGUCGCAUCGCAGCAAACCUAAAGGCACAGUUCCUUCAGGACACGGACGAUGACAGCAGUCAGUCGUUGCAGUCGCUCAUAGAUAGUAUUGACUCUUUAAUUGAGACAGACCAGAGUGAAAAUGAUGCGGAUGAGCUGGCUUCGAUUCCUUGGUUCGAAAAGAUUUCCAGCGGUGAAUCCCAGGAGGUCACACGGGAACUGAGUGAUGUUCUCUACAGUCACCUCACAAAUGGAGACACCCCCGAGGUUUUCCAAGAAAUACAAACACCUGGGGCACAAACCUGCUCGAACAGAGAGGUUGCCAUUUCACGCUCUGUCAUGUAUGCUGACAUAGAGAUGCAAGUGAGGAAUUUUCUAGCCCUAAUGAGCUGGUGGCUGUAUACUCAGAGUGACAGCCACAGUCAAAGUGUGACACGGACUUUAAUGUACCAGGUGCCAAAGUCUCCCAAGACAGCCUCCAGAGUUGAGGAGACACCAAAGGUGGUACAAAACAAAUUGUCUGUCCGACUGCUCGUUGAGAUGGUGGUUUGGGACACAUUCGUCAAAGUCCAUGUGAUUCCUGAAAAAAAAGAGGACAUCAUUCAGCGUUUAUUUAAAACCAUAUGGGCUAAGGUUGAAGGUGCAGAUUUAUACAUCAAAUCGUUAAAAAACCUCAGAAAGGCAAUUUUUAAAGACCUGUGUUUAAUUUCAGGCAGUGCAGAGACACUAUUGCUUGCACUGAAUAUGGAGGACCCAAUAGUUGAUAGUUGCAUUGCACUGAUAUUUAAAGAUCACUUGACGACACCACCAAAACAACCUUGCGCCAUCAGCAGGUUCUUCUCCUCUGUGGGCGAAUUCAUCUCCAAAUCCUUCAGAGGUAGACGAAAGAUUGGUGUCCUGCCUACUGACAAUUUUCAACCUGUGUAAAACACGGGGUUAGGCAGAGAGAAAUUGCCCCCACCUUCAAAGAUCAUCUGACGCCACCACCAAAACAACAUAACUGCAUCAUCUGCAGGUUCUGUGGCCCGUAACAGCCUGAGACCUGACGUGACAUGGGUUUACUCCGGGAUGCUCCGGUUUCUCCCACUUUCCUCGCAACCAUGAAGCUGAUGGGGGCUUUAAAGCCCUCAAAAGCUAAUUGGUAGCAGGAGGCUACCUUGAUGUCCAGGUUAGCUUUAAAAAAACGUCACACAAAACUAAAAAUAACAACUUCUUCUCCCACUUUCCAUAGGAAAUAGACAACUGGAAACUGGCCCAUAACGGCCAGAGGCCUGAGCUUCUCUUAAUUUUUGAUGUAUCUUCUGUAAUGACAUGGGUUUACUCCGGGAUGCUCCGGUUUUUCCCACUUUCCUUGCAACCAUAAAGCCAAUGGGGGCUUUAAAGCCCUCAAAAGCAAAUUGGUAGCAGGAGGCUACCUUGAUGUCCAGGCUACUUCCUACUCCACUGGCCUCUGUCAAUGUAUAGAAACCAGUGGGGCAGGAGGCGACCUUGAUGAUGUAGCUUUAAAAAAACUUAAAAAAAAAAAAAAAAAAA